AUGCUGUUCAAUGCAGCAUCAAGAUUGGACAUUGUACCAGAUAUCCGUGGCUACAGCAUCAAGAAAGUUAAUGCAAUUGUCACUUACAAUGGAUCUAAUCACCUGAUCAAAAAGGACGUCCCUUGAGACACAGAUCUGACUUGUGUUUAUAUUAUCCUCCGUCCUGAUGCUACCUAUACUAUCUUGAUCGACAAUGUUGAGAAACAAUCUGGUAGCUUGUACUCUGACUGGGACCUUGUCCCACCAAAGCAUGUCAAGGAUCCAGAGGCGAAGAAACCAGUUCCUGAUCCUGAAGAUAAGGAGCCUGCAGGGGUAUAUGACAUCCCAAAAGAAAGACCAGAUCCCGAUGCCAAGAAACCUGAAGACUGGGACGAUGAGGAGGGUGGUGAGUGGACUUCCCCGACCAUUGCCGACCCUGAUUACAAGAGUCCAUGGAAGCCAAAGAGAUGCAAUAAUCCCAACUACAAGGGAAAGUGGAAGGCACCAAUGAUUGACCAGGUUCUUAACACUAGUUCCAUUCUUAAGCUUAACCAUCGAUUUACUCUAUGCUUGAUUUGUCUGGUAAACUGUGGAACCUUGUUCGACAAUGUCUUGAUCUAUGAUGAUCCUGAGUAUGCCAAGAAGGUUGCUGAAGAAACAUGGGGCAAGAACAAGGACGCAUGUGGUUUUGCUCUUUUUGAUUUUUACUUAUGGAAACAGUACGAGUAUGGGCAAUUUUUAGUGUUUUAUUUUCCUUUGCAGGCUGAGAAUAAAAGAGAGGAAGAGGCAACAUAA